AUGGCUACUACAACCGCCCACUACCAAUCUCGUGCUUCUCCCCGCAGAGCCACCAAAGCGUCUGGCCACCAGACACAAGCCAAGUACACUUCUGCACCUGCGGACCAGUACUACGGCCAUGAAGAUACUGCGAAGAUGUGUGCGAGAUUUAUUACGCAUCUUUUCUCUUGCCCGGAUGUCCCACCUGCGACGUCACAGUCUGCGGUCACUCCGAGCCUUGCCCACUUUGUGGCCUAUGCCCUCCACCGAACCCGCCUACACUCGUCGGUGACCUUCUGCGCUCUGUAUUUGCUCUCGCGCUUGAAGAACCGGUUCCCCGCGGCCCGUGGCUCGUCUGGCCACCGCCUGUACAUCUCUGCGUUCAUGAUUGCCUCCAAGGUCAUCUGCGACGACACGUAUUCGAACAAGUCGUGGUGUGUCGUUGGCCAGGGCAUGUUCACGCUGCGAGAGAUCAACCAGAUGGAGCGCGAGAUGUGCGGAUAUCUCGAGUGGUGCCUCAACGUCAAGCCCGAGGAUCUCCGUGACUUCGAGGCCACGGUCCGCAAGGAGUACGGCUCUGCCUCGGCCGCCCCUGUGCCCGUCGUUGUCCCCGCGCCUGCCCGCCCCACAGUCGAGUCGAGGAAGCAGUCGGCCGACUUUGGGUCCAACCCAUAUCCCUCGCCGGUCUCGACACCGCCCUCGCCAUCUCACUCCAACUCUACAUCCCCCGCCUCAUCCACAUGCCAAACACCGCCAUCCGCCGACCCAGUCAAGGUCUCGGCAAAGGACGUCCCCGUCGAGCGAAGUCAGCCCUUUGCUUACGCCGCACCAAGUGUGUGGUAA